CGAAGCCAACACCAAAGGCCAGCCUAAAACUUGCAGUCUUUCUCUCUCUAAACUUGUACCGGUUUACGAAGUGAGGAAGAAACCGGCGGCGGAGAUCAGUGGCGGAGGUGAGCUGAGGUUGUCAGCGGAGGAGGUAAUUCCGGCAAUGGGAAGCUUGCGUGGCAUUACGGUUGCCGUUUUGGUAGUUCAAGCUUUGUUAGCUUCAGUAGCUUUGGUGUCUGCUCAGGGAUCUAGUAAUCGUUCUCGUUGGCUGACAUUAAACGGUGAUGUACCCUUUGUCAUAGCACAUGGUGGAUUUUCAGGAAUAUUUUCAGACUCUAGUUUUGCAGCUUAUAGUUUGGCGUUAUUAACUGGUCCACCUGAUGUGAUCUUGUGGUGUGAUGUGCAAUUAACAAAAGAUGCUGCUGGGAUUUGCUUUCCUGAUCUUAAGCUAGAUAAUAAUUCUGACAUUGCAAGUGUUUUCCCGGAUAAGCAGAAGACUUACCUUGUUGAUAGGGUCGCUACCAAGGGAUGGUUUUCUGUUGAUUACACCCUCAAGGACAUCGGAAAUGUCGUCUUAAAUCAAGGUGUCUAUUCUCGAACUAAUAAGUUUGACGGUAAUAAUUACCCAAUUAUGACUGUUGCGGAUACAUAUACGCAAUUGAAACCACCUGCUUUUUGGUUGAAUAUUCAGCAUGAUGCAUUCUACGCACAACACAAUUUGAGCAUGAGAAACUUUGUAAUUUCUUUAACUAGAAAUGUGAAUGUAACUGUUGAUUAUAUCUCAUCACCGGAGGUGGCUUUCUUGCAAAGUAUUGCAGCACGUUUCCAAAGAAGCGCAACAAAACUUGUCUUCCGGUUUCUAGAACCAAACAAGGUGGAGCCUUCAACCAACCAGACUUAUCAAUCUCUCUUAAAAAAUCUCACAUUUGUCAAGACAUUUGCCUCUGGAAUCAUUGUUCCCAAGUACUAUGUAUGGCCUGUCGAUGUAAGUCUUUACUUGCAAAAUUCUACCUCUGUUGUCUUGGAUGCUCACAAAGAAGGGCUUGAAGUUUUUGCAUCAGACUUUACAAAUGAUGUUCCAUUUAGCUUGAAUUUCUCCUAUGAUCCGGUGGCUGAGUAUCUUCAGUUUGUUGACAAUGGCCAAUUCUCUGUUGAUGGUGUGAUAUCCGACUUCCCAAUAACUCCAUCAGCAGCUAUAAAUUGCUUUGCUCACCUAGGCAGAAAUGCUUCAAAACAAGUGGAUCUUUUGGUCAUCUCAAAAAAUGGAGCAAGUGGAGACUAUCCUGGUUGUACUGACUGGGCAUAUGAAAAAGCAAUUAACGAUGGUGUAGAUGUUAUUGACUGUCCUGUUCAAAUGACAAAGGAUGGGACACCUAUUUGCUUGGGCUCUAUAAAUCUGAUAGAUAGCACAAAUGUUGCUCAGUCAAGUUUUAGCAAUCUUUCAAGAACAAUACCACAGAUUAUGCAAGGCAGUGGAAUAUUUACCUUUGACAUGUCAUGGAGAGAUAUUCAACUAAGCUUGAUGCCUGUUAUAUCUAGCCCACAGUCACAGUACAAAUUGUUUCGAAAUCCAAAAUUCAAAAAUGUUGGGAAGUUCUUGACAUUAUCUGAGUUUUUGGCCAUGGCAAAGAAUGCUAGCUCUCUUCAAGGUGUCUUAAUCGGCAUCGAGAAUGCUGCUUACCUUGCAGAGCAGGGAUUUGGUGUAACUGAUGCAGUGCUUGAUGCCUUGAGUGAAGCGGGCUAUGAUAAACAGACCGCUCAGACAGUUAUGAUCCAGUCCAGUAAUAGCUCUGUCCUAAUGAAGUUCAAGGGUAAAAGCAACUAUAAGCUUGUCUACAAGGUUGAUGAAGAUAUUGGUGGUGCUCAGCUUGCAUCAAUUGAUGACAUUAAGAGCUUUGCUAGCGCUGUGGUCAUUAGCAAGGACUCUGUCUUCCCUGAAAAUACUGCAUUCCUCACCGGUGUUACAGAUGUUGUACCAAGACUACAAGCAGCUAAUCUCUCUGUAUAUGUUCAAACAUUCAGUAAUGAGUUCACAUCUCAAGCAUGGGACUUCCUCUCUGAUGCAACUGUUGAGGUCAAUUCGUUCCAUGUGGGAGCCGGUAUUAAUGGUGUUAUUACAGACUUCCCAAAGACUUCUGAUAGAUACCGGAGGAACCGAUGCUUGAACAAAGGCAAUAACGCACCUGGUUACAUGAGCCCUGUCCAGCCUGGGAGCCUUUUGCAACUAGUCACAGCUGAGUACUUGCCACCAGCUGAAGCUCCGAACCCCUACCUGACUGAGGCAGACGUUGCUGAGUCCCCUUUGCCUCCUGUUGCAGCAAAAACACCAACUUUCAGUCCAUCUGCUAGGGCACCAUCCUCAACAUCACCAAAUGGACAGCCUAAAGUUGCUGCUUCUGUCAUUAUGCCACCUAUGGCUGUGGUUCUUGCCUUUUGUUUACUGUUUUGAAACAGUAGAAGAGUCGGCCUGCACUUAAAACCAUUUUGCCCCCUUUGUUUUCCUAUCUCAUUGCUGGGAUAUCAAGUAGCUUGAAGCUUGUGCUGCAGGAGUGCUUGUGGCAAAUAUCACUCCUUUUGGUUCUCUUCCCCCCCAAACAGCAGUUAAAUUAUCUUACCUCUUUUCUUUUUGUAGGUAUGUUCAUUCUUCUCACUUGUAUUUUGGAAAAAAGCACAAAUUCUUGAGAGGUACAUGUCUUGAUGAAUCCAUUCCCUCUAUUGAUUGGUGUAAGAUAUCUUCUGAUUA